CACAGAAGGAGAGGGAGGGACCAACCAGUACCGGAGGUUCAGAUUAAGCAGCAGCUCGUCUCGUCUCAGUCUGACUGCGAGGAAACAAAACGCCGGGACAGGGAUGGCGAUGAGGUGGUUGCGCUUUUCGCUCCUCGCGUUGGGGCUCUUCUCGCUCUGCUGCGCCACGUCUGGUGACAGCAGCAGCAGCAGCAGCGGCGUGAAGAAGAUGAAGAUGCAGUUUGCGACGGGACCUCUCCUCAAGUUUCAAAUCUGCAUUUCCUGAGGGUACAAGCGGGUGUUUGAGGAGUACACGCAGGCCUUGUACCAGCGGUACCCGGACAUCCGCAUCGAAGGGGAGAACUAUCUUCCUAUACCCCUCUAUCGACACAUUGCUUCCUUCCUGUCUAUGUUCAAACUGCUGGUGAUUGGGGUGAUUAUUAUCGGCAAGGACCCAUUCGCCCUCUUUGGUAUGCAAGCCCCGGGCAUCUGGGAGUGGGGCCAGGGAAAUAAGAUAUAUGCCUGCAUGAUGGUGUUCUUCCUCAGCAAUAUGAUUGAAAACCAGUUAAUGUCUACAGGAGCUUUUGAAAUCACAUUAAACGAUGUGCCAGUGUGGUCAAAACUGGAGUCAGGUCACCUCCCCUCCAUGCAGCAGCUUGUGCAAAUCCUGGAUAACGAGAUGAAGAUGAACGUUCACAUGAACACAAGACCACACCACUCCUAACCCGACUCUUCACAUCUUGGCUGGAGCUAAAAGCCCCUCCAUGUUUGAGGUGGGUUUCUCACUGGGCCGUGAAGUGAUGUUUAUGAAGGUCUGCGCUGAAGGCAGGAAGACUGCUAGCACAGACUGGAUGCCCCCAUCACCCUUCACCAUGCCCUUUUAGAGACGUCCCGCCCCCAACGCCAGAGUGGGAUCCAUGGCAACAGUGCCGGCAAUUCUGUCAUUUUCUUGUUCUCAUACUACUGCAGAUUUCAUCCAGUUGACAUCAGUGGUCCCAUAAAGAGAGAUUUAACAUUGAUUACUUAAAGUCUUUAACUUGUUGCAUACAAUUGGUCUGUGUGAGUAAAUAAUCGUGUCAUUUGUACCACUGAGCCAUAUGUAGAAUUUUAAGUUUAUUAUUCUAAAAGUAGCUUAGCUGUGUAGAAAAUGCAUCACUUAAAAUCUGUCAUCACGGUUGUGAAAAUAACAUUGGGAAAUUGUGUCUUGGUAUGAUUUCUGAAUAAUUUUUAUAUUUACAUAACUUGGAAGCUAAGAAGAUGAAUAAAACUAUUGUAACUA